GUUGGAGGUCUGGCCUGACUGCCUGUCGACGUAGCCGCCCAGUUCAGUUCCUUUCCAAACGUCCCGGUGGCAGCAGCGACGACAGAUCUUUCCCUUCUUCGUGAUUAGUUUUUUGGUUCCCUUGGACAAAAUGGCCCUGGUCAGACUUUUGGCACUGCAGUGCCGCAAUGGACUCCAGCGCAGCUACAGCACCGCGUCCGUGCCCACCACGAAGAUGUUCAUCGACGGAAAGUUCGUCGACUCCAAGACGACGGAGUGGAUCGACCUGCACGAUCCCGCGACCAACGACGUGGUGACGCGCGUGCCCAAGUGCACCAACGCCGAGAUGGAAGCGGCGGUCGAGUCCUCGAAGAAGGCCUUCAAGACCUGGAGCCAGACGUCGAUUCUGGGCCGGCAGCAGGUCAUGCUGAAGCUGCAGCACAUCAUCCGCAACAACAUGUCCGAGAUUGCCAAGAACAUCACGAAGGAACAGGGCAAGACGCUGAUUGACGCCGAGGGCGACGUGCUGCGUGGACUUCAGGUCGUCGAGCACUGCUGUUCGAUCACGAGCUUGCAGAUGGGAGAAACCAUGCCGAACAUCGCCAAGGAUAUGGACACGUAUUCGUACACGUUGCCGCUUGGAGUCACGGCUGGUAUUUGCCCGUUCAACUUCCCGGCUAUGAUUCCGCUGUGGAUGUUCCCGGUCGCGAUAACCUGUGGCAACACCAGUAUUAUCAAGCCAUCGGAACGCGUGCCUGGAGCUACGAUGAUGCUGAUGGAGAUGCUCAACGAAGCUGGCUGCCCACCGGGUGUGGUGAACGUGAUUCACGGAGCGCACGAUGCCGUGAACUUUAUCUGUGACAACCCAGCCAUCAAGGCUGUUUCGUUUGUCGGUUCGGAUCAGGCCGGAAAGUACAUCUACGAGCGUGCGGGACGCAACGGCAAGCGCGUGCAGUCCAACAUGGGUGCCAAGAACCACGGAAUCAUCAUGGCUGACGCCAACAAGGAAAACACCUUGAACCAGCUGGCUGGUGCUGCCUUUGGCGCCGCUGGACAACGCUGCAUGGCUCUGUCUACCGCUGUAUUUGUGGGUGAGUCCAAGCAAUGGAUCCCCGACCUGGUCGAUCGUGCCCGCAAACUGAAGGUCAACGCUGGCCACGUUCCCGGAACCGAUGUCGGACCAGUUAUUUCGCCCCAGUCCAAGCAGCGCAUCAACGAACUGGUUGAAUCGGGUGCCAAGGAGGGCGCCAAGAUUGUGCUCGAUGGACGUGACAUCAAGGUCUCGAACUUUGAGAAAGGAAACUUUGUUGGCCCAACCAUCAUCACCGACGUCAAGCCGAACAUGAAGUGCUACACCGAGGAAAUUUUCGGCCCGGUGCUUGUGUGCCUGACCGUUGACACGCUGGACGAAGCCAUUGAGUUGGUCAACAACAACCCGUACGGAAACGGAACCGCCAUCUUCACCACCAACGGAGCCACCGCCAGGAAGUUCGUCAACGAGAUCGAUGCCGGCCAGGUUGGCGUGAACGUUCCCAUCCCAGUGCCGCUGCCCAUGUUCUCGUUCACCGGAACGCGUGGCAGCUUCCAGGGCGAUUGCCACUUUUACGGAAAGCAGGGUAUCAAGUUCUACACCCAGACCAAGACCGUCACCCAGCUGUGGAGGGAAACGGACGUUUCGCACACCCAGGCCGCCGUCGCCAUGCCCACGAUGAAGUAAAACUUUACGGGGUCAGGACAAACAGGGAUGAUGUCUUCCAAGAAACGCGUGCAUUUAUUAGGGUAACGACAGAGUUUGUAUAUUCAGCAUUUGAAAUGAUUUGAUAUUCGGUUCUUAAUAAAAACCAUCAGUUAAGUGUA